UGAGUAAAACCGGACAUGAGAUCUGAAGGGAAUAUGUUCAAUUUGAUCUGUAAUAACGCACAUAAAUCUCCGGUUAGAAUAAGCGGAGGAGUUGUCAAAGAAGACGAAGACUGGACUUUUGUUUCGCGACGUCUCCGAGAGAGAGAGAGAGAGAUGGGGAUAGUAAGUAAAGCUGGAGAUUGGUCGUUCAAGGCCUUCACGGCGGGGCUAGGGUUCGCCACCAUCUACCUUACAGCCACUUUCUCCGUUAAUGUCUACCGUGGCCUUUCUUGGCACAAUUCUCAAUCUAAGCUGGAGAUGGAGCAAUCUGAAGAAGAAACCGAAUGAUCUGAAUUAAGCUCUGCUCUCUCACGCAGCAGAUGCUUCUUUCCAUUAAUAUUUGCGAAUGUUGUUUCGUUGCAUACACCAAGUAUAUCUUUGUUUCGAUUCUAGGAACAAUGAAAUAAAAAAAAAAGAUGAAUUUUUUUUGGUUUGA